UGCCCAAUCACCUGCCCCCCCGUAUCUGACUGGGACCUAGGCCUCCGGGUGCUAAAUCACCCCUCUAUUUGAUUGGGACCCAGGUGUCUGGGUGUCCAGUUAUCUGUCCCCCUCCAUUUGGCUGGGACCCAGGCGUCCGGGCACCUUCCACCAGCCCUCAGCGGUGCUGAUUCCCAUGAGGAGGAUCUGCUAUGCUAAGCGUCCCCAUCACCCGCCAUGCUGUGGAGUCACUGACCCCCAGGCUGCCUCUUCUCUCUCAUGGAUGUAAACAGCCUCCAGAAAGCCAAGAGAUGCAAAUGGGGCAGCAGGCGAGCCAGGAGCCAGAAUCUGUUCCCUGAGUAGGAGGCCUGGCUGCCAUCCAGCUGGGAACAAGGGGAACUUUUUUUUUAACUAGUCUCUUCGUUGCGUAAGGAACUGCUGUUACAUUCCUCCUUUCUUCCUCCCAGUUGCCACUGCAAAGGCAUCUAAGCUGUCCAGUGCAUCUGUCCUCCAGGUUCACUGGUUUUGCUCCACUGGAUCCCUCACUGUUGCCUUCUCCUUCCGGUGCCAUGGCAGGCAGCACUGGACCCUUCCUGCUGUGGGCGCAGGAAGUGGUGAUGCUGCUGAUGCUCCGGGUGCGCCGGACCGUCCUGCAGACGGCCAUUUUGCUCUGUGUCCUGCUGCUUCUCCUCUGGAUCUCGAUCUUCCUUUAUGGCAGCUUCUACUACUCCUAUAUGCCGACCGUCAGCUAUGUCAGCCCUGUACACUACCAGUUCAGGACAGACUGUGGCCACCCUGGACCAGAGCUCUGCUCUUUUCCCGUCGCCAACGUUUCGUUCAUCAAGGACAGCCGCGACCGGGUCCUCAUGUAUGGCCAACCGUACCGCAUCUCACUGGAACUGGAACUGCCUGAGUCACUGGUCAACCAAAACCUAGGGAUGUUCAUGGUGGUAAUCUCGUGUUACACCAAAGGCGGCCGCAUCAUCUCCUCUUCAGCCAGAUCUGCCAUGCUCCACUAUCGCUCGAACCUGCUGCAAAUCCUCGACACCUUGGCUUUUGCCAGCUUCUUCUUGUCUGGCUUCUCAGAACAGAAGCAGACAGUGGAAGUCGAGCUGUACUCGGACUAUAAGGAGGACUCAUACACCCCAACCAUUGGUGCAGUAAUUGAAAUCCAGACCACGAAGAUCCAGAUUUACGGGGCCCACCUGCGAAUUCAUGCCCAUUUCACUGGAUUACGGUACCUGCUCUACAACUUCCCGGUGACAUCGGCCAUUUUGGGUGUGGCCAGCAACUUCACCUUCCUGAGCGUCAUUGUCCUCUUCAGUUACCUGCAGUGGCUCUGGGGCAGCAUGUGGCCCAGGGAAUCCCUCUCUUUGCAGUUAUCUGGCAGAGAAAGAUCCGGAGCAAUUCAGAUGACAGAAGAUGCCCACCGACGGAUUGUGAUCCCUAAAGAAGGCCCCGAGGAAGGUGAAGAGACUGCCCUGCCACAGCCAGAAGAUGUGGGAACCACUGAAGAAGAGGAACUGUCUACAGCAGUUGCUGAGAUGCAGACCAAGAAGAGCAGCCUCGAGAAACCUGAUUCUGGAGCAGAAUCCAACCUGGGCGACGCAGCAAGUGAAGAGGCAGAGUUUGAGUCUGUGGACAGUUCCUCGCUACUUGCUGAGGCCAACUUCGUGGACCCUUCCCAGGAGGGGGAUCCUGCAAGCCUCUUUCCCCUGGGGGCCAGGACCCUCACGUCAGGCACAGAGAUGCGGCAGAGAAGUAUUUGCUCCAGUUCCUGAAGGGUGUGUGUGUUUGUGGCCAACCAAGUCCCUCCUGAGCCUUUUGCACUCUUCCUCAUAGCAUACACCCACCACAGGCCUUGCUCUCCAAGGGAAGCCUCCGCUCCCAAGCUUGUGUUUACAUUCCGGCUCCUUUUCCCUGCCCUCCUUGUCCGGAGACACUGUAACUUAAAAUAAAAAAAAAUUACCUGCUAACAAAUAAGUACUGCAGAGACUCUGGGUUGAAAAAUCCAUGCUGUGAUUGGGAGUUGGGACUUUAGCCAGGUACAACCUGCACUAAAUUAGAAACAUAGGAAGCUUGCCUUAGACCAGCCUUUCCCA